AACAUCGCCUCCAAUUUGGCUUCAAUAUGGCGAAGAGUGGGAUGCUUUUGCCAUUUAUCUUGUUGUGUUUUACUCCAUUUGUUAUGACAUUCAUCGUCGAAACUGCCGCCGGGACUGCUGUGUCGGGAUCUUUGGCUUAUGUGGCGCCAAGAGUGUGGUGUCGUUUUAAAGAAUGUUGCACAGAUAGAUGGAUCUCGGCGAACAUCAGCGGUUUGCAGCCAGCUCUACGCCGACGCGUGUUUGGACAGCAUUUAGUCACCGAGACAGUGAUUAAGGCAAUAGUUGGACAUCUGAAUAAUAAAUGGCCGAGCAAAGCCUUGGCACUCUCUUUUAACGGCUGGACUGGAUCUGGGAAAAACUUUGUUAGCAAGAUCAUUGCUGAGCAUAUUUUUAAGGAGGGAAUGGAGAGUAAAUUUGUCCAUCAAAUCAUUGCCACACAUGAUUUCCCACACCAGUCGGAAUUGGAACGUUAUAAACGAAAUCUGCGUAGUUUGGUUUCUACUUCAGUGUCAAAGUGCUCAAGGUCGUUGUUCAUUUUUGACGAAAUGGAUAAAAUGCCGAUCGGUCUCAUAGAUGUACUAAAGCCCUACUUAGACCACUACCCUGAUGUUGACAAAGUUGACUUUCGAGGAAGUAUUUUUAUAUUUUUGAGCAAUACGGGAGGUCAUCUGAUCAAUGACGCAGUCCUCCGACACUGGAAAGAGGGAAAGAAGAGAGAAGACAUUGGUAUUAAAGAGAUGGACAAGGUUGUUAACCUUGGUGAGUUCAACACUAAAGGUGGUUUCUGGCAUUCAUCGCUCAUUGAGAAAAAUCUUAUAGAUUAUUUUAUCCCAUUUUUACCUUUGGAGAGAUCUCAUGUUAAAAUGUGUGUUAAAGCAGACUUGGAAAAAAAAGGACAUCCAGUUAUUGAACAACUCGUUAACAGCAUUGCAGAUGAGCUAUUAUACUUCCCAGAAUACGUAAAGGUCUUUUCACAGUCUGGUUGUAAGAAAGUAUCGAGCAAAGUUGACUUUAUCAUGAAUUAGAUUAGACGUUGGUGUGGGUUGAUUUUUCUGAGUACAGUCCAACCCAGGCCAGGCAUUUUUUACAAGACAUUGAACAAUGGGUGUCUAACUAGGCUAAGAAAAAUUUUGUGUUAAUUUUUUCCAAAAUGACCCAUCUUCGCAACGUACUUUAAAAUAAUUGACAUCCUUCCCAGCAAUGCUAUACUUGUCACCCUUGACGUUUCUUCUCUAUACACAAACAUUCCAACUAACAAAGGAAUCGACACAUGCAGGAUAGCUCUUAGCCAACGGACUGACACAUCUGAUCCUACAGAAUCCAUAUAUAUGUGAUCUCAUCCGCGUGAUCUUAACCAUGAACAAUUUUGUCUUCAAUAAUGAACAUUUUAUACAACAACAUGGUACAGCUAUAGGCACACAAAUGGUUCCAGCAUUUGCUAAGUUAUUCAUAGGGGAUUUCGAAAGGAAAGCAUUAAAAAAUUACCCUGACAACCCAUAUCUUUGGCUGAGGUAUAUUGACGACAUCUUAAUGGUUUGGACACAUGGUGAAGAUAAACUGAACGAGUUUGUAAAGUACCUCAACAACAAACACCAGUGAAUGCUCAACAACGUUUAUCCCUUUCCUAGAUGUUAACAUUCAACGCCACAAUGGUAGAAUAGAAACUGAUCUUUACUGCAAACCUACAGAUAAACAUUAAUACUUACUGCACUCUUCAAGCCACCCAUAUCACAUUAAACAGCCUAGCUCUUUGCUUACGCCACAUUUGCUCCACGGAUAAUUUCUUUGAAACCCAAUCAUCUGAACUAGAAAAUUACUUUAUAAAACAAGGCCACAAAAGAUGCUUCAUAAAAGAACAAAUCACCAGAGCAAAACAGGUAUCUCGAAAUGAAGCCUUAAAAGAGAAUAAACCAGCCACCAGAGAUACAUUAGUCUCCGAAUCCCUUUACAGUUACCAGUACCUACAAUCCAGCUCUACCUAACAUCCAUGACACACUCCGCAAGAAACAACCCAUUCUGCAAUCCACUGAACGCUUAAGAAACAUCUUUAAAGAAGUACCUGUCGUCGCUUUCCGCCAUUCACCAAACCUUUGUAACCUACUCGUUCGUGCGAGGCUCACAAACAACGACAGGACACCCAAAACCCCUGCCAGCACAUUCUGUUGCAACUCCAGACAUGGCUGCCUCACCUGCCCAUACAUUAACCAUGGAAAAACAUCAUUCACUUUCACCAACACAGGAGAAACAAGACAAAUUAAAAAUCACAUUACGUGUGACUCAACAAACCUAACAUAAUAUAUGAUCCAAUGUAAAAGAUGUAAAAAACAACAUAUAGGUGAAACUAAACGCACACUUCGUGAACGCUUUAAAAAACAUAGACAGGCAACAAACGAAUCCACUCCACGCAAACAUCACAGCAGCAGCUCCUUCCCACUUUAAUCAACCUGGCCACUCGAUCGUAGCCAUGGAACUUAUUCCACUGGAACAACAACCCACCCUCAGCAUGUCACGCCGUAAGGCAAGAGAAGCGUGCCUCAUAGAUAGAGGCGAAACCCUGUCACCGGACGGUCUGAACCGAAGGAAUGAACAUUGAACUGUUUCUAUUUCUAUUUUUAUUGUAUAACAUUUACCUUUAUAUUAGUCUUUCUAGUAUUAAUAAUUUUAGUUAAUUAUUUACCACUUAUGUAAAUUUUAAAUUCAAAUUUUAGGAGCCGUUAAAAGAUAUUUUCUCUUGGUAUAGCUCUGGCCCUGAGGAAGGCUAAUAUUAUUUUGUUAGCUGAAAUAUUGGCCAUAAUAAAUUAGCUCUUUGCUGUAGUGCCAGCUCUGCAUCAAGUUUUGUUUUAUUUUACACUUUAAGGGGCGUCUGGCUACAGCAUCUCUUUAAUUAGAGAUCCGGCAAGAGGAACCAGUCAGUUACAUUUAUGCGUUGCUUGGACCUCUGCAUUCAAACAGUUUAUCCUCUGGUAGUCUGCAAGCGCAGACCUAUUUCUGGUCGUUGCUUCUCUCCACCCAAAAAGUAAGCUGUAAUGGUGGAGUUAAGCGAUGACUGGAAAUACGUGCAUGUCUGCAUUCAUAGGAUAUUCCACUAGAUGCCUGAACUUCUUUUUGGCUAAAACCUUCAAUCUUGAACAGUGUC